CCUGCCUUUGUUUUGCUAUUUUCGCUCAGCUCAGUGUCAAGCUAGCAGUCCGACUGUUACCUACUUAUCGUAAUCUGAUAAACGGUUCGUUUUCACUUUUCUUUGUUUUUUCCAGUCGUGCUUAUUUUCUACCGAUCCAGCCGCAAGGAUCCCCCUCUUUCUGUGUCCUGAAUAAGAUGGUCGUUUUGACAAAUAGCAAUGAAGAACAGGAUUAUAUCCUGAUUGAGGAGCGUAAAUGCACCUCCCUGCCCAGUUCUCCUGCCAAACGAGUGUCUCCCUCCAAAAAGAAACAGUUCUACAUCAACCAAGCCAUUCGCAACUCUGACCUCAUACCUCGACCCAAAGGCAAGAAGAGCCUGCGUCGACAGGAGAACACACGUUUUCUCGCCAAUCUUCUUGAGAAGGAUGAAUGCUCCAAAGAUGAUCUGGAGGUUUGCAGUAACCCUGCCAUCCCGUCGAUUUUCACCGAGGCCUGCACCAACGGGAACUACGUAGAGCCAUGGAAUGACUUCAUGAACUGCUCCGGCGAGGAGCAGGAGAGGCUUCUGUCUCUGCUGGAGCAGGAGGACGCCAAGAAGAAACAGUCCACCCGACUCCUCAAAGACCAGAGGAAUGUAAAUCCUGCCUUCACUGCUCAGGACUGUUUUCAGAGGAUCGAUCGGAGGCUUCGAGUCACUCUGAGACGCAAACAAAUCCCUCUGGGGACUCUGGAAGUACUUGAGGAAGACCUUCUGACGUUUUUCAACGCUCAGCCGCACUCAGUUUACACAACCAACCUCCGCAGCAGUUUUGAGCGUCUGCUGCUCCACGCCGUCUGCCAGUACAUGGACCUGGUCUCUGCAAGCACUGACUUCCAGGGUUCACGUCAGACCGAAGUGGUGAACAAACAGCAGGAGUUCCUUCCUCCUGCUCUUCUGCUGUCGGCCUACCUGGAGCAGAUGAGCUGAGAGGAGGACUGACUCUGCCUCCACAGGGCGCCGCCGCAUCCAGACGCUCUGGGAGAUGUAGAUAAGGUCUGCAGUCUGUACGUAACGUCCGCCACGCUCGGCCUGGCCUUACCAACAAAGCUGCAGAACACCUGCUUCCAUUGUCCUUCAGUUUGUCUCUGGUUCCUGGUGUGAAUUUUCCAUUUAUUUGCUCUCUAGUAGAUUUUAAGGAGUGAUAUGACAAUGAUGAAAGCCGAGUUAUCAGCUGUUAUUAUCACUGCCAUUAUAGCCCCUUUUCCACCAGAUUCCCAGGAACUUUUAUUCCCAGGAAAUUAUUUACUAAAGUAAAAGAAUUCCUGGUAAUCUGUGUGGUUUGUGUUUCCACCCCAAAGUUCCUGAAAAUGUGUUCAAAUCAGGCUUGGUCAUUUCAAAUCGACCGCUGCUUGAAGUCCCGUUGAAUUUCUUUUAAACGUAUUU